AUGUCAGGCGGAUUAGAAGCAUUAUCUUUAAAAUCAGAUGAUAUGUUGAAGUUACUUGGAGUAAGUGCUCAUACUGGAGCUGAAAAUUUGGAUUAUCAGAUGGAGCAAUAUGUAUUCAAAAGGUCAUCAUCUGGAACACAUCUUAUAAAUUUAAGAAAAACUUGGGAAAAAUUAUUGUUAGCUGCAAGAGCAAUUGUAUCCAUCAAAAACCCAGCUGAUGUUUAUGUUAUUUCAUCUUAUGUUAAAAGUCAAAGAGCUAUAUUAAAAUUUGCAUCCCAUACUGGCGCCACGCCAAUAGCUGGAAGAUUUACGCCAGGAACCUUCACAAAUCAAAUACAAAAAAAUUUUAAGGAACCCCUUCUUUUAAUAGUUUCGGAUCCAUAUGUAGAUCACCAGCCUAUUAUGGAGGCAGCAUGUGUUAAUAUCCCAGUAAUAGGAUUUUGUAAUUCAGAAACACCUAUGAAAUAUGUAGACAUUGCAAUUCCAUGCAAUAAUAAAGGUUCCUUCUGUAUUGGUUUAAUGUUUUGGAUGUUAGCUAGAGAGAUAUUAAGGUUUAGAGGAACGAUCCCACGGAAUCAAUCAUGGGAAGUUAUGCCUGAUUUGUACUUUUAUAGAGAACCUGAAGAGGCUGAAAAGGAAGCUAUUCUUGAUACAGAAAAGCCUCAAGAUGAACAGAUAGCAAAUGCUGGAUUAAUGGCUUCAAAAAUAUCUGAUCAAACUUCUCUUUUGGCACCUCAGUGGUCAACUACAGCUUCAUUUAUGGGAGAAAAAGACUUUGGUGGUCCUCAGAUACCACCUGAUAUGAACAUCCCCAAUAUCCCACCUCAUAUGAUGUCUCCAAUCAAACAGCAGCAUGGGCAACCAAUUCAGGAUACCGAUGAUUGGCAUCGACCCCCCUCUCCAAUUCAUCUUCAUCAACAAUCCCAACCUCCACAACAUUAUAUGGGAGGCCCAGGGGCAGGAAAUGUUCCUGCUCAAUAUUUGCAUGGUGGGGCUAUGCAAAUGCCUCAACAAAUGAUGGGCAUAAGGGGUGGUCCACCUCAACAAUAUAUGCAUCAGCAGCAAUCUAUGGAAGGGCCACCAUCUCAUUACCGAGCGAAUGUUGGUAGUGGAGUUCCUCCUAGGCAAGAUGACUCAAUGCAGCAAGUGAUAAUGCAACAGCCAGCACCUCCUCAACAUCAACAACAGCCACCUCUACAUCAGCAACCACCACCUCAUAAUAUAGGGAAUUCUGUCAAAUCAACAAAUUGGUCCCCAUCAGUAUCUGACUGGGCUAGUGAAGGAGGGUGGAAUUGAUUUUUUGUACCUUUUGUUACAAUAUUAUGAUUUAGAAAAAUGGAUGUAAAACCAAAAUAAAAUAUUUAUUUUCAAUAA